ACUCACACACACACACACACACACACUCUCUCUCUCUCACACUUACACUCUCACUGUCUCUCUGGCUGCAUGCUUGGCUCCGUGGUGUGUGUGAAGACUCCCCUGCUGUUGCCAUGAGGACCUCUGCUGCUGUGUUGGUCAUCUUCUCCUGCUCUCUACUGCUCAUCGACAACGCCUGGACUAUGGUGGACACCAGCUCGUUCCUCAUAUAUAACCAUGACCAUGUCAAGUGUGUGAGGGUCGUCAGCACGUCGCUUGUGACGGCCGCCCAGUGUGACCCCGCCUCCCCAGAGCAGCAGUUCCGCUGGGCUUCCAACGGUAGGCUGCUCAGCCUGUCACUCAAACUCUGCCUCGCCGCACAGGACGUCAAGGACUGGGUCAAGAUUCUCCCGGUGCCGUGCGAUGAGACGAGCACGCUGCAACAGUGGGAGUGUAAGAACGAGACCCUGGUGGGCUUGAAAGGCGUGGAGCUCCACUUCAACUACGGCAACCGCAACGAGAAGAACAUCAUGGUCUACAAGGGCUCGGGAUCAUGGAGCCGAUGGACCGUGUACGGCACCAACAGAAACCUCUGCACUCACGGAUUCAAAGAGGUCAUCAGUCUUGGUGGUAAUGCCUAUGGCGCAGCCUGUCAGUUCCCCUUUAAGUUCGGUGAGAGCUGGUUUGCAGAGUGCACCGUGGAGGGCCGCAGUGACGGCCAGCUGUGGUGCGCCACCACCACCGACUACACCAAGGACAAGCAGUGGGGAUUCUGCCCUACCAAGAGUUCGACAGGUUGGGAUGUGGACCCUGUGACAGGCGUGCUCUACCAGAGGAACACCCAGGCCGUAUUGACAUGGAGCCAGGCGCGUACCAGCUGCCAACAGCAGGGGGCAGACCUGCUCAGCAUUGUGGAGCUGCACGAACAGACCUUUAUAUCAGGGUUGACUAAUAUCCUGGGUACGUCUCUGUGGAUUGGGCUGAACAGUCUGGACUUCCAGAGCGGGUGGCAGUGGAGCAACAGCAACCCCUUCAGAUACCUCAACUGGGCACCAGGCCACCCGUCCACUGAUCCGGGUACGAACUGCGCGGUGUUGAACCCCAUGAGAGCGUCCAAGUGGGAGAGCAUGAACUGCAACAAGAAGAUGGGCUACAUCUGCAGAAAGGGCAACUCCACCGAACUCACACCAGUGGUAUUGUCCAAUCAGGAACAGUUUUACUGCCCGCUGGGCUGGGUCCCCUACUACGGCAACUGCUAUUGGCUGAGGCGUGAGAAGAAGAGCUGGACGGACGCGCAGGCGGCCUGCCGCAAGGACGAAUCAGAGCUCGUCUCAGUCCUCAACAUCGAGGAGCACAGCUUCAUCAUAUCGCAGAGUGGAUACAUGGAGGCAGAUCAGCUGUGGAUUGGCCUGAGUGAUCGCUCCACACAGAACCUGUUUGAGUGGUCGGAUCGCUCCCAUGUGACCCUGACCCGCUGGACCACUGGAGAGCCCUCACACACCACCAACCUGCUGGAGGACUGCGUAUUCAUGGGGGGAAAGGAUGGUCUGUGGUCUGACCACAUGUGUGAGCGGGAGCUGGGCUUCAUCUGCAAGAAGAAAGCUUCCACUAAACAGUCAGAAGGGGGCGCCGUCUCCAACACAGGAUGCAAACCGGGCUGGAUAAGACGCUUGUCCUACUGCUACCUGAUCAGCGCUGAGACCAAAAGCUUUGAGGAGGCUAAAGGAGCCUGCACCAGCAAGGCAGCCAGGAUAGUGGACAUAGCAGACAGGUAUGAGAAUGCUUUCCUGAUCAGUCUGGUGGGCCUGCGUCCUGAGAAGUAUUUCUGGAUGGGGCUCUCCAACAUGAGGAACCCGGACCACUUCAAAUGGAGCGACGGCACCAAUGCCAAGUUCACACACUUCAACAUCGGCAUGCCAGAUCGUCAUCAGGGGUGCGUGGCCAUGCUGACCGGCACGGGGGCGGGGCUAUGGGAUGUGCUGAGCUGUGAUUCGCUGCAGAAGUACGUGUGCAAGCAGAUGGCGGAGGGUGUGACCACCACGGCCGUACCCCCUACCACUCGGCCCCUUAGCUGCCAUCCAGGAUGGACCUCCAAACCCAACUCACAGUUCUGCUUCAAGGUGUUUGAGGAGGAGAAGGAGAACAGGAAGACGUGGCUAGAGGCUCGAGAUUACUGCCGUGCGAUUGGAGGAGACCUCAUCAGUCUCCACUCAGAGACACAAGUGGACAACCUGCCGUCCGAGUACCCCUCUCUCUCACAACUCAAUAGUGGAAGAUACUACCACUCCACUGCAGCCUGGAUCGGAUUCAGAAUGGAACCAAACGGCGGAUUCGUAUGGAGCGACGAGUCCCCUUCGGACUAUGAGAACUGGGGGUACGGAGAGCCUAAUAACUACAAUGAUAACGAACACUGUGCGGAGACCACCUUCUUCUACAGCCACAGCUGGAAUGACAUGGACUGCGAACGCUACAAUGACUGGAUAUGCCAGAUACGCAGAGGACAGGCACCUAAACCUCCCCCCACUGCUGUAACAGUAGCGGAGUUCAACACUACAGUUGACGGCUGGUUGGAGGUGAAUGGCAGUCAAUACUACAUCAACAGCGACAAGAUGAGUAUGGACGACGCCCAGAGCUACUGCAAGCGAAACCAUGGCAACCUAGUCGUCAUCACCGGAGACACCGAGAGGCGCUUCCUGUGGAGACAAUUCUCCCGUUCUAAUAUGGAUCAGUACUACAUCGGCAUGACAGUGGAGUUGGACAAAUCCUUCAGCUGGAUCGAUGGCUCGCCUGUGGUCUACACGGCGUGGAAUAAGAACGAGCCGAACUUUGCCAAUAACGACGAGAACUGUGUCACCAUGUACCGUAGCAACGGGUAUUGGAAUGACAUUAACUGUGGGCUACCGCUGCCGUCCAUCUGUAAGCGUAGCAGCAGCUUUGUCAACACCACCAUCGCCCCGACAACCCCCAGUAGAGGGGGCUGUGCUCCAGAGUGGACCGCCUUCCAGGGCAAGUGCUAUAAGUUUGUUGCACAGGCGGAUGGGAAGACCUGGAAGGCUGCUCGUGACUACUGCAUCAAACAGGGAGGAAACCUGCUCUCCGUACAGAACCCCAGAGAACAAGCGUUCCUGACGACGCGUAUGCUGGUUGCCGAUAGCGACAUGUGGAUGGGCCUGAACGACGUGAACUGGGAGAUGCGCUUCCUGUGGACCGACGGCAAAGCUGUGACCUUCACCAACUGGGCCAAAGGUCACCCCGUAUCACACCCCGGGGGAAGCUACAUGUCCAUGGAGGAAUAUGACUGUGUGGUGAUGGUUAAUAAUCCAGCGUCUAUCGUGGGGGUGUGGAAGGUGGAGGACUGCGGCCUUUCACGUGGAUUCGUCUGCAAGAGAAACCUGGACUCCCAGAUAGCCCCGGCGGUGACCACAGCGGCCCCUAGUGGCUACUUCCGUCUGGGCAACGACUCGUACAAGCUGCAGAAGGAGCUGAUGAGCUGGGAGGAGGCGCGGCGGCAGUGCAAAGCGGACGACGCCGACAUGGCCUCCAUCUUGAACUCCGCCGCGCAGGCACACACAGUGCUGCGCACACACGCUCUCCAGCAGCCCAUAUGGAUUGGACUCAACAGCAACUUGACGAAGGGUGGUCUGUACAAGUGGGUGGAUGGAUGGAAGAUGAGCUACAGCAGGUGGGGGGAGGACGAGCCCAAAUCCAAUCUCGCGUGCGUUUACAUCGACAUCGAUGGCCAUUGGAAAACCACCACCUGCAACAACACGUACUACUCACUAUGCAAACGCUCAACAGAUGUGCCGCCUACGGAGCCUCCCCAGUUGCCUGGCAACUGCCCUGAGCCCAAGAGGAGAAAAACAUGGCUGCCGUUCCGUGGCCACUGCUACACCUUUAUGACAUCAUCAAUAGAGAACUGGGCACAUGCCACCGUGGAGUGCAUGCGCAUGGAUGCCUCUCUGGUGAGUAUAGAGGACCCUAUGGAGGCUGCCUUCAUCCAGGAGCGUCUAGAGAUGUUGCAGGAUGGCAGCAGGUCAUUCUGGAUAGGCCUGCACCGCUCCCACGAAGGUGAGUGGAUGUGGAUCGAUAAGGCUCCAGUGGACUACACCAAUUGGAUGUCCAGGACUUCCGGCUACGGCGAGUGUGUGUCCAUCAAGUCCGACACGUCCGAGUGGGAGAGGACCAGCUGCAGCAGAUCCAGGCCCUACAUCUGCAAAAGGCCCAAAGUCAUACCACCAACAGAGAAGCAUCAGCCAAUAGUAGCAGCCCCGGUGCAGGAGGCGCCCCAUAGUUACGCUGGGCUGGCUGUGGCGGUUGUCAUGGUGGUUGCUGCCGUGGCGGGGCUGGCGGUGUUCCUGUUCCAUCGGCGCCCUUCGCUCCCCGUGUUGGGAGAAUGCACCUUUGACAACCGCCUCUACUUCAACAACCCGACGCGCACACAGACACCCAUCGACACCAAGGGGCUAGUCGCUAACAUAGAGCAAAACGAACGCGCCUAAACACACAUACUUACACACACACACAUACAGUACACACAUGAACAAACACACACACACACAGACA